AUGGGCGGUACAAUUGAUGAAGAGGUCAGUGCAACACCCCACGGUGCGUUGCCCUACUCGCACGCCGCGGGGUAUACUGCUUUUGAACGGACAGACAUUGUCGCCGCUGCAGAUGUCGUGGAAGAGAAGGCACAAUACGUCUGUGACAAAUGGAAUAUCCCGAAGUACUACUUAGACUAUCGCGAGAUGAUCGUCGCAGAGAAACCGGAUAUUGUCAGUAUCGCUACGCGUCCGGGGAAUCAUGCCGACAUCACGCAAUUCGCAGCGGAAAAUGGUGUAAGAGGCAUCUAUUGCGAUAAACCGCUUUGUGCCUCUAUGGAAGAGGCAGAUGCGAUGGUAGAAGUGUGCGAGAAAUACAACGUCAAGUUCAACCUCGGCACACAGCGUCGUUUCACGCCGGGAUACAUCAAAAUGCGCGAGAUCCUCGAAAGUGGUGAGCUUGGUGAAAGACGUUCUAUCAUCGCCUAUAGCGGUGGUUCUGCCCUCUGGGGAUAUACGCAUGCCGCGGAUAUGCUUCUCUUCUUGGCAAGCGACUCUCCAAUAGAAUACGUGCAAGGCAACGUUGCCGUCGAUGAUGCUGAUUUUGAGGACAACCGCACCGAAACCGAUCCCAGUAUUGUCAUGGGAUUUAUCCGUUUUCAGAACGGUAUUAACGGCAUCAGUAUUCCCGGCACGUCUUACGAAUUUGAGGUGAAUUGUAGCGAAGGCACGAUUCGUGCCCUCAAUAAUGGACUCGGUUUUCACCUCCGCAAACGGCAAGGGCAGUUUAACGAGAUUUUAGAAGCGCAAUUCCCACCCUAUGAACGGAAGAGUGGCACCGUCGGUUGCAUUGAGGACAUCGUCGAUGCGAUCGAAACCGAUACCGAAACGCAAGGCAACAUACACCUCGCACACCGAAGCACCGAGAUGGUUUUCGCAAUCGUUGACUCACAACGACAGCAGGGUGUCCGGGUGCCGAUGCCAAUGGAAAAUCGGGCACUUUACCUCGGAAGGUGGUGA